GAACUGACGCAAAUCCACACAUUGCCUUUGAGUUUGACACGUCACAUGUAAAAGCCCCAUACCGAACAGCCGAACAGGUUAGUAAUACCUGUGUGCGUUUCAGUAUCCGCAUAGGUUCUCGGUUAUCAGUCCUAACCAAGUUUGCUCCCAUCGACUCUCAACAUCUCCACGUUCUGUUACCAAGCUCACCAAUUUCAUUUGCUCAUUCACUUCCAAAAUGGCCAAAUUUCAGACAAUUUUUGUAACUGGAGGAGCUGGAUACAUCGGUAGCCACUGUGUGGUUGAGCUGUUGGAAGCUGGUUAUGAGGUUAUUGCCUGCGAUAACUUUGCCAACUCUGUCAAUGGAGAUAAAGGCACAGCUCCUAGCCUGGAACGAGUUGAAGAAAUAACUGGGAAGAAAGUUACCUUCUAUCAGUGCGAUCUCUUAGAUUAUGAGAGACUAAACAAAAUUUUCAGCCAACAUAAAAUUGAUUGUGUCAUUCAUUUUGCUGCCAUGAAAGCUGUUGGGGAAUCGAUGGAAGUUCCCCUCCUGUACUACAAAAACAAUGUAGUUGGAACAAUCAACUUGUUAGAGGUUAUGAAAGCACACGAAUGCUAUCAGCUAGUGUUUUCCAGCUCUUGUUGCGUCUACGGUAACCCUGAGCGCCUUCCCAUCACAGAAGAUAGCCCUAUUGGAAAUGUGACAAAUGUCUACGGCCGAACCAAGUACCUAAUCGAAGAGAUGUUGAUGGAUCUCAGUCGUUCAGAUGAGCGCUGGAAUAUUUGCUCUCUCCGAUAUUUCAAUCCUGUUGGUGCUCAUCCCUCUGGCCGUAUCGGCGAGGAUCCCACCAAGCCCUAUUCCAAUUUGAUGCCUUAUAUCGCUCAAGUAGCUCUUGGAAAUAAACCUUCUUUGACCAUUUUUGGUGACGACUACAACACUCCCGACGGAACUGGCGUUCGAGACUACAUUCACGUAAUGGAUUUGGCCUCUGGCCACGUUGCAGCAUUGGCCAAGGUUGAAAAGGACAAACUUCGCUAUCGGGUCUACAAUCUUGGCCUGGGUAAGGGUUUGUCAGUGCUGGAGCUGAUCGAUUUGUUUGAGAAAACGACCAACACUAAAGUGCCAUUCGUUUGGGCCGGUCGACGUGUCGGCGACGUCGACACUCUAGUCUGUGAUGCCCAGUUGGCUGUCAGUGAGCUCAACUGGCAUGCCAAGUACGACGCCGUACGCAUGUGUGAAGAUUUCUGGCGUUGGCAAACGAUGAACCCUCUCGGCUAUCGCAGUGAGUGCGGUGCAGCUAAAGAUUCGGCUGCCGUUACUAACGGAACCUCCGUCACAAAUGGCAAUCACUAAGCAGAAGUAUUCGAAACAAUAGUACUAAUGUUACAACUUUCAAAUCUUCCUUGUAAAACGGUACAAUUCCAUGGUUGAAGAGUUUCCCGGGAUCUGUAUUUGAAUGGGUUAAAUUAAGCACAAUGGUGGCGUUUGUUAUAGGUCCCUCUUUUCCUGUUUGUAGAUCGUCCAUCUUAAUAGAGGACUUUUCGGUUGCACCCUUUUUUUUCAAGACAGCUUGUAUAUUAUUUAUUAAUUCAGGGCUGUCUUCAUUUUCCACAUUUUUUAAUGAAAAUUUUUAUUGUUUAAGUAUUUGUUAAAAGCCUUCAAUCUAUAAGAAAAUAAAACCGAUGCCUUCGAGUCAAUCGA